CAUGGAACGUGGAGAGAAGCAGCCCUCCAUGAAGUGCUAACAGACGUACAUCACAACCAAGAGGAGAAGACACAUGGAACAGGAUGGGGGCUUUAUUGGACUAAAACUUGUGUCCCCGUUCAUUGAUGAUCGUUGAGCUCUGCUCUGAUACCUUGCAUCAUCUUGCAUUUGGAAAAGCAGAUUUAUUACUCUGAUUCACCUUGCAGUCACAUUUUGGACCUUGGACACACUACAUCACAAUGGUCAGGUAAAACAUGACAUUUUGUGGCCGAAUCAAAAAUUGCCAAUUUGGGAACCACACACACAUUAGUCUUUAAUUAAGUUGGAAAUUUUCUCGUGCUCUAUUGACACCUGAAAAAAAGUAAGGAAUCUUUCUGAAAAUUAAGAGAAAUGUUGCCCCUGGAAAGUAACCAGGAAUGGAAAGGGGGCAAAACAAUGCACUGAAACUGAGGUCUUUCGCAGAAGUAAUAAUCAUAUUUUUUGUGAAUUUGUAAGUGAUAAACUUACCCAGACAACCAAAAUAUAAAUGGUAGAAAUAAAUUAUUAUAAUUAGUUACCUUUCCUAACAACUGAAAUCUUCAAUUUCCUCUAAAGCACCUUUUUUCCUUUGUGGAAAUCAAGCAAUAAUAAUUGCAACAACAAAGAUUUGUGCAUCACCUUUAUUUUUACUAAAAUAUUCCAUUCAAAGUUCCAAAAAUAUGCUGUCCAUCAAUCUCCUCGCUCUGCUCCUCGUCCUUACUACCAACACAUGGCUGCUAAACUCCAACCCACUGAACCGGUACAAACGUGGCUUGGCGCAGCGUGCAGACGAGGAGUUCUCCCGCCUCGCCGGUGAACCUUGCGCUGUCUCCGGCUCCCGGAGAGCCCUGCAGCAGCCGCGAUCCUUCUCCCCGGCUCAACACCGCCAUUCAGUGGCCAGUCCGAGGACCAACCGGCGACAGCUCCAUACUGCCACAAGCGCUCCUGUUGGUUGCGAAGGAAGGUGCAAGUUUGACACCCCGGUAGAGAAGGGAACUCGGGGUGCUUCACAACCGAGAAAGGAGCCUGAUACUUUGCCUGGAUAUUUUCACCAGCCUUGGAUCUUAUCACAACAAGACGAAAGUCAAAGUCAACCAUCACGGGGCUCCAGAUUUGAACGCAGCACCCACGAGGGAAACUCGAGCUCCCCUGGAAGUUCAGCUUCUCCAAAGCUACGGGUUCCUCAGAAAAUCCAACAAGAUGACAGCAUUAGAGCUUCCAGUGGUCUGGAGGACGGGAACGAGGACUUCACUGGAGAUGUUCAUCCUUCCACACGCCAGUCUGUCGGCAGCACAUCUUCAUGGGUCAAACCCCUGCCAACAGUGCCCCCCUCUUGGAUGACGACCCUGUACUUCACCGGGCGCCAGGAGCAGCUGAGAUUGAAGCCCCCUGCAGGUAUAGAGCUCCCCAGGGAGAAGUUUAGCUUGGAGCUAUGGCUGAACCCAGAAGGUGGGCAGAGCAACCCUGCAGUCAUUGCAGGUGUCUAUGACAACUGUUCCCAUUCACUGAGUGAGAAGGGCUGGUCAGUAGGAAUUCGCACCAUGGAUUCUGCAGGCACCAAAGAUGCACGGUUUUACUUCACGCUUCGCACAGACAGAGCCUUGAAAGCUACCACUGUUGUUAAUCACCAGCAGUACAGAGCCAAUGUUUGGACACACCUGAUCGUGACUUACAAUAGCCACAACAUGACCUUGUAUGUUGACGGGGCCAAGGUGGGAGAAAGCAAUUUCCAGUUGGGAAAUCUCUAUAGCCCCUUCAUGAAGUCUUGCAGAACCUUCAUCCUGGGCAGUAACCAACCAGAGCAGAGACAAGGCUUUAGAGGCCAAGUAGGAGGCAUAGUCUUGUGGGACUAUGCCCUAACUCAUGAAGACCUGCAGAUGCGACCUCUCCCAAAGACGGAGCCUCUUGUGGCUCUGUGGGCUGACUUUACAAAUGUGGAACAGAUGUGGACUCCUUACAAAGUUGGAUUUCAUCCAGCUGUCAUCACCACUCCAGUCCCCGAUUUAGAGCUUGUCUCCUCUUUUUUGCCACCACCCUGCGGUCUUACACCUUGUGACAACACUGACAUAAUUUCUGGCUACAACAAUUACUGGCCGCUCCGUUCACCCAAACACGUCCGCUACAGGAUUAUUAACCUCUCCAAUGAUGAUGGUGGAAACCCAACUGUGGUACAACCACAGAUUCACCUCCAACACCAGGCUUUGAUGGAUGCCUUUCGCCCUUACAAUAUCACCCUAGAGUUGACUGUACAUACAGUUCAAAACAGUAGCCUCCGGCAGCGUUUUAUUCUUAGCAACUGUCGAAUUGGGAAAAUUGGAAACCGCCAUUGUGAUCCAGAAUGUGACCACCCAAAGACAGGCCAUGAUGGAGGGGACUGCCUCAGGCUAGGGCCCUGUUACAAUUGGAAGAGACAGGAUGGAGUUUGUAACAUGGAAUGUAACAGUAUACAUUAUGACUAUGAUGAUGGAGACUGCUGUGACCCAGAAGUGACAGAUGUUCUCAAGACCUGUUUUGAUCCAGAGUCACCCAAUAGGGCUUAUAUGAGUGUGAAAGAGCUUAAAGAGGAGCUUCACCUGAGUGGCAGCGAGACCCUUAAUGUUUUCUUUGCCAGCAACUCUGUACGAGAAGAGCUGGCAGGAGCUGCAACUUGGCCAUGGGCAAAGGAAGCACUUACGCAACAAGGUGGAAUGGUCUUGAAUCCAUCCUACUUUGGCACACGUGGACACCACAACACUAUGAUCCAUGAAAUGGGCCACAUAUUUGGACUGUACCAUGUCUUCAAGGGAGUGAGCGAACGAGACUCCUGCGAUGACCCGUGUCAGGAAACCACCCCAUCCAUGGAAACCGGAGAUCUGUGUGCUGACACUGCGCCAACACCCAAAUCCAAAGCUUGCCAUGAUCCCGGACCUGUUAAUGAUACAUGUGGCAUCACCACGUAUCAGGACACCCCUUAUAGUAAUUAUAUGAGUUACACUGAUGACAACUGCACCAAUCAUUUUACUCCCAAUCAAGUAGCCAGGAUGCACUGUUAUCUUGACUUGGUCUAUCAGAACUGGUUGACAGAACGUCGACCUGCUGCCGUACCUCUCCCAGCAAUGGUGACUGACCAGAGUCAAGAUUCAGUCUCAAUUUUUUGGGUUGCACCAUUAACUGGGCCACUCUAUGACAGCUCCCCCUCCCAUGUGGCUGCCAUCAACUGUGGGGAGUGUGAUAAAAAUGGUGUUUUCCACCAAUAUGCCUAUGAGGCAGCUUCACCUCGCAUCUGUGACACGUCUGGCUAUUGGGCACCUGAUGAGGCUAUUGGCCCACCUGAUGUUGAGCAGUCAUGUGAGCCGAGUCUCCAAGCAUGGAGUCCUGAACUUAGCCUUUACGAUAGUAACGUGACAUCACCUUGUCCUGAAACGGAGGGCUGUACCCUUACACUAAAAUUUCGCUACCCCGUUGUUCCACACACUCUUACCCUCUGGAUAACAUAUGUCUCAGCAAAUAAUCCUGCUAUUGCGGACAUAGAGCUGAUAACAGACACUGGUAAAACUAUGAACCUUGGACCACAGCACGUCUUCUGUGACAUGCUCUUCACCCUGCGCCUCGAUACCAACAAUGUUGCCAUCAGUGCCAUAAAGCUCUGCACCUUUGAUGAGAAGAUGGAGAUUGAUGCCGCAAUGUUGUCUUCUGGCCCCGGUAGUCAUCUCUGCUCUGGCUGUCAACCUUUGCUGUAUCGGAUUCACCGGCAGCCAGCCUUCACCAGCAAAUUGCCAUUACCUCAGACCCAGCAGACGUUCACGGACAGUACUGUAAAAAGGGGACAAAGGUAUGAGUACACGAUCCAAGUGGAGAUUGGAGGUCUUCUCAGCAAUUCCUCCCCAUCUCUUUUUUACACUCAUGGGCAGCCCUACUGCGGCGAUGGUGUCCUUCAAGGGGCAGAAGAAUGUGACGAUGAUAAUCUGCUAGAUAGCGAUGGCUGCUCUAAGAAGUGUUCCACGGAAAAGGGCUUCAACUGCAUUGGUGAACCCAGCCAAUGUUAUGUUUUUGAUGGGGAUGGCGUGUGCGAAGAGUUUGAACGUGUUUCCAGCGUUCAGGACUGUGGUUAUUUUACACCUUUGGGUUACACAGACCAGUGGGCAUCUACUGCUACUGCUUCUCAUCAGGACCCUGACCACUGUCCUGCUCACGCAGCCACUGGCGAACCAUCAUUUAAAAAACUCUGUAGGUACCAGUACAUGGAUGUGAGUGAAAAACAGCCCACUGAUGCAUGGUUCCCUUGCACAGCUCAUUCUGACACAAGUAAUGACCUGGAACAUCCAUUUUGGCUGAAGGUAGGAUUUGCCCAUUCCGGAGUGGCAGCUUCUGUCAUGGUGUAUCUGGCUUCAGAUGGGUCAUGGAGCGGGGAACACUGUCAGAGGACUGUUACAAUCCUGCUUUCUGAUACAAUUGGAAAUAAUCAUUCAUUAGGAACGCAUAACCUCUCAUGCCAUCGGAACCCAUUGGUGGUUAACGUGACCCAUGACCUCUCUCAACCUUUCUACCUCACCUCAUCUGUUAUCCUCUUCUUCUCCUCCUCAUCUGUGGCAAUCGGGGGCAUAGCCCUAAGGACGUCCUGCCACUUCAGCACCUUCGCCGUGACUGGCUGUUUGAGACAGACAUGUCAAAUGGACAGCUGCAGCCCGCCCCAGAUAGAACAUGCCUCUGUCAGGUGUAUUGGAGGUGGGCAGUCGUCUCACUGCACUGUUCAGUGUCACUUUGGUUUUAGCGUCACUGUCCUUAACGGGAGGGAAAUUCCACCACACCAGAGACAAACAGAGACGAAAUGUUUUCAUGGUUUAUGGAAUCGCGCAGUUAGCUGCCAACCUCUCGACUGUGGCCUGCCUGAUCAGUCUCAUGUGUACCAUGCCAUAUUCAGUUGUCCCUUGGGAACGACCUAUGGAAAAGAAUGCUCCUUUACUUGUGGCUCACCGGCAAUACUUCAAGGAGACAAUGACAGGUUGGUAUGUUUGGAGGAUGGUUUGUGGUCUUUUCCAGAGGCUUAUUGUAAGAUCGAGUGCACGGAGGCUCCAAACAUCCCCAACGCCAAGCUGCUAACAGCAGAGUGCCUGUCCUCAAGCCAUGAUGUUGGCUCCACCUGCCGUUUCAAAUGCAACCCAGGCUUCUAUGUAUUGGGAAGCCUAAAAAAGAAGGCACCAAGGAAAUACUUCCAGACUGAGUGCCUAGAGGAAGGGCAGUGGAAGGAUACCUCAUGUGAGCCCAUAUCUUGCCCAGCCUUACCUGGUGUUUUCCAGGGCAUGUAUGAGUGCACCAAUGGCCUCUACUAUGACACGCUCUGUACGCUGCAGUGUCCAGACGCGAGCGAAAAUAUUGUAAUUCGCUGCACUAAAGAUGGUGAAUGGACAGCACACUUUACCAUGUGUUCCACACUCCAAAGAUCUUGCUCUGCUCCAUCUGAUCUAAAUUCUGUAACGUAUAGCUGUAAUGGGGGCAUGGAAAUUGGAGCUGUUUGCUACCCAACAUGCAUUUUGACCCUUCAUGACCCAGUGGUUCUGCCCAAUGGCUCUACAGUUAGUUCUUUAAAACACUGGAUGCUUCCCAUCAAACUUCAGACCAUUGUCUGCACGGGGCUGAUGAAGUGGUACCCAGCCCCUGAAAACAUUCAUUGCAUUCAAUCAUGUGAGCCUUUUGGUGGGGAUGGUUGGUGCGACACGCUCAAUAAUCGGGCCUAUUGUCAGUAUGACGGAGGAGAUUGCUGUCCUUCUACACUAUCGUCCAGAAAGGUCAUUCAGUUUGGAGCAGACUGCAAUCAAGAUGAGUGCACAUGCCGUGAUCCGGAUGCCAGGGAAAAUAAGAGCAAAGGCAAGGACCCACAAGGGGGAGGAGGAAUCCCAUAAAAUAGAUGAGUGCAAGCAAGUCAAGCGGUGUAACAUAAGUCAAGCUGUCGAUAAUAUACACAACAAGCUCAAAUAUUACCUUAUCAUGUACUUUGCACGUGUUUUGAAGGCAAAGACGUUCUUUUCAAAAAGGUCAAUGAAAGUGGUUAGGCGCCUUUGCCUUUGCCGUCAAUAGGUAAAUAAAAAGAUUACAAGAUUAUAAUGAAAUGAUGGGAACUCAAAAUGGUGUAGUAUAGCUAUGUGGUGAAGCAAUUCACAUAAUACAAAGGACAUCUUCUGCUGCUACUAUGUAUCAUCUAACUAUCAGCAAUGGUCAGAAUGGUUUUAGCUCAUCCUAGGACUUGUAUUAAUGACUAUUAACCUUAGAAAUGUAAAUGGAUUUGUUAAGACAAAUGUGUAUUGACAUAAUCAAGACAUGUCUCAAAUACGUAUUUACCAACUGAUAUGUUGAAAUCAUCGAUGGUAACCGUAAGUAGUUUUGCAUUUCCACGAAAUUAAUAUCGACAAAUCAUUUUUGCAAGCUUUUAUUACUGUACAAAUGGAACUGUAAAGUUGAGCAUUAAACAAACUGUACAAUGUGAAAAGAACUGCUCUUAAACAUUGUGGAUUAUCUAUGUGACAAUUGGAGUUGGGAAAAUGAACCGUACAGUUCCACAUAAGAUAUCGAAGCAAAACACCCAACACUGUUGUAUUCAUGCAAGAAACAUACAAAAACUGAAAUCAUGUAUCCAAAUACUUAAUCCAAACUUGCAGAUAAGUGUAACCAUGUUCAGUAUUCUACAGUACUCUAUACACCUUAUUGAAUAAAUUGAAACAAUAUUUA